AACUGAUCCUCGUUGCCUUUUCCCUCCUUCAAAUUUCCACUCUCACUCGUCUGUCUCUUGAUCUCUGUCUCUGUUCCUGUCUCACACACCGAAUAUAAACGUUACUGAACCCUAGCCUCAGCCUCUCUCCGAACUCCGAACUCCGAACGUCUCCUCCAACUAAUCCCACAAAACCUCGGGAACCGGGACGCUUAAACCAAUGCAGGACAUCCUCGGAUCGGUUCGUCGGUCCAUGGUGUUCCGAACCCCAGGCGGGGACGAUCGAGGGUUCGGUAGUGGCCUGGUCGAGAAGAUCGGCUCCAGCCUCCGGAAAUCUCGAAUCGGUCUGUUCUCGAAGCCGCCGGUCCGGGCACUACCUCCAGUUCCUAAAGACGACGCGCCUCCGAUCCGGUGGCGCAAGGGCGAGUUGAUAGGGUGUGGUGCGUUCGGUCGGGUCUAUAUGGGAAUGAACCUCGACUCUGGAGAGUUGAUCGCCGUGAAACAGGUCUCGAUUGCGGCGAACAAUGCUUCAAAGGAGAAAACACAGGCUCACAUUCGAGAAUUGGAGGAGGAAGUGAAACUGCUGAAGAAUCUGUCUCAUCCAAAUAUUGUUAGAUACUUGGGAACUGCUAGAGAGGAAGAAUCGUUGAAUAUCCUGUUGGAAUUUGUUCCGGGUGGAUCUAUAUCAUCACUCUUAGGGAAAUUCGGAUCCUUCCCUGAGUCUGUUAUAAGAAUGUAUACGAAACAACUGUUGUUAGGCCUUGAAUACCUUCACAAGAAUGGAAUUAUGCAUCGGGACAUCAAGGGUGCAAACAUUCUCGUCGAUAAUAAGGGCUGCAUUAAACUUGCGGACUUUGGUGCAUCCAAGAAAGUUGUUGAGUUGGCUACUAUAAAUGGUGCUAAGUCAAUGAAGGGUACACCAUAUUGGAUGGCUCCUGAAGUCAUUCUACAGACUGGGCACAGCUUCUCUGCUGAUAUAUGGAGUGUUGGAUGUACUGUAAUUGAGAUGGCUACAGGAAAGCCUCCAUGGAGCCAACAGUAUCAGGAGGUUGCUGCUCUUUUCCAUAUUGGGACAACUAAAUCUCAUCCACCCAUCCCUGAGCAUCUCUCUGCUGAGGCAAAGGAUUUUCUGUUAAAAUGUUUACAGAAGGAACCUAACUUAAGGCUCGCUGCAUCAGACUUGUUGCAGCAUCCCUUCGUCACUGGGGAGUACUGGGAAUCUCAGCCAGUUUGCACUUCAGUUGUGGAAUCUGGAAGCCAGAUGGUAACACCCGGGAUGAAUCUUAAGAACUCCAUGAAUACUGUGAUCAGAAGGUCAAUGUGCACAGGCUUAAAGGAUGUCUGUGAAAUGGGUAGCCUGAGUUGCUCAACUGUGUAUCCGCUGAAGUCCUUAAGAAUGGGAUCAUGGGGAGCAAAUAAUGGUGAUGACGACAUGUGCCAAAUAGAUUAUGAAGAUGAUCUUGUGGUUGAUGCAUCGGUAAAGCUCAAAUCCAUUUUAGCGUCUGAUGAUUUAAAUAAGAGUUUCAAUCCCAUGUGUGAGCCUACUGAUGACUGGCCCUGCAAGCUUGGUGGAAGUAUAGACCUACAGAGAAGUGGAAUGGACUUAUCCCCUAAUCAAACUACCCCUAAGGCUACUGGCAGCCCUGGAGUAUCAUCAGUUAAGGCGGAGAAUGACUUCACAUUUCCACGUGGGCCAAUUCCUGCUGAGGAUGAUGAUGAAGUUACAGAGUCGAAAAUUAGAGCCUUCCUGGAUGAAAAGGCUUUAGAUCUGAAGAAGCUGCAGACGCCUUUAUAUGAACAGUUCUACAGCACAAUGAAUGUGGCUGGUCCUCCUGGUGCGGUUCAAAUGGCAAAUGGUGAAAAUGCUUUGAAUAUGUUGACUUUACCUCCUAAAAGCAGAUCACCAAAUUGGGCACCCAGCAGACGGCUCUCAUCAGUUGUUGAUGCUACCAAUGAUGCAAGACUUGGGAGCCAAACCAAAAAUAUACUAAAUGCUAGUGGUGUGCACGAUCGAGCCCUACAGGAAAUUCAGACACCUCAGCCUAGUGAACGGAAAGAGCUGCUUCUUGAUGCUCAGCAGGAAUCAAUUAUUCAAAGCUUCUCUGAGAGACAAAGGAAGUGGAAAGAAGAGCUUGAUGAAGAGCUUGAGAGGAAGCGAGAAAUUUUGCGCCAGGCAGGCGCAGGAGGGAAGACAUCGUCUCCAAAUGAUCGGAUUCUUAAUCGACAGAGGGAGCGGCUACGUUUUGCAUUCUCAGGCAAAUGAUAGCAUAUACCUCUCACCUGUAUCUAUACUGCUGUUCAAUGGAAAAAGAAAUGUGAUUUUUUUUCGUUGGGAGUGGUCAUGUAUGUAGUAGUAUUAUUACCGGUGCAAUGGUGUCUGGUAAUACAUGGUGGUCGCAUUGCCAAAUCUGCGUUAAUGGCAGGCACUGCGCGCAACCUUCCAGCGCUGUCCCAGUCAUUCAGCACAAAAUGUCACAUAAACAGGAUCUCAUCUUUAUAUGAUCCUUUUUUUUUUUUCCUUUUCAUUUUCAUUACCCCCCCAUCUCCGAAUUAAGGUUGUGUAUUAUUAUUAUUAUUAUUUUUAAAGGUUGUGUAUGUUAUUGCGGGAUAUGGAGCACACUAACUUUUUGAGUUUA